GAGUCGUUCAUUUAACGUUCUCGACCUGGACGCGAUCGCAUGCGGUUCAUUUUCGCGGAAACGCUGGAUCGGGAAUCCUGAAAACGCGCCGGUUACUAUUAUUCGCGUUACUAUACUCACGUCCAAUGAAAGUGGCUCAAUGUCGCGGUUAAAUAAGAACUGAGAGACGAAAAGUGGCGAAUUCUUCGUCCUUUUUCUUUCCUUUAUCGUGAUAUAAUCGGAGAAGAAUAAGGUGAUUGCAGAAGCUUUUUGUGCCAAAGGUAGAUUAAUAUUGUGAGAUUGGGACAGAGGGAUGUGAAAAUUGUUGUUUUUGAAAAAUUUGUUUGAGCAAAAAGAUGGGAUAAUAUUGUGACUAAUUGGAGAUCGACAGGAAAAAGGUAUUAAUUUUCACGUGGAGAAGAAAAAGGCAGCCAGUCGAAGAUCCAGAGGAUCAAAAUGUCGGAGGCGGAAGGUGAGGUCUUCUUUACGAGCUGGCGUCACGAUCUUCUUUGAAUAUCUUUGGCCUACGAUUAUUCGAGUAUCGUAUGAUAGAUAAUGAACGAGCGAAAUUGGUCUACGUUAACUCAGGGAAAAAUAUAUUCAAAACGUCGUGGAGAACCAUAAUUUCCAGAACAUCGUCGAGGGAGAAAGUGGAAAAUCAAACACAGUGGAAUAUUUAGACAUCCACGAGGAUAUUCCAAAGGAAACCGUAAAAGAAUAUCCGGAAGAGACCAAGGAGGAAUUAUUCAAAGAGGAAAAAGAGAAGGAGACGUACGUGGAGAACGAGAGGAAAUCGAUGGAAAUAGAGAAGAAAGAGGCCGCACAACCAGCGAGUUCGAGCACCGUGGACAACGACGAGAAAAUCAAACGAGAGGAAACCUCGACAAGAAAAGAAGGGACUGCGACAGGUACCAUCGAUGGACGAAACGAGAACCAGCCAGUCGGUGAGUGGAAUUCAUUGCCGCUACUGGUAGAACGUCUACGCGCGGCUCUCGAGCUCUCCCUAGGGGGUCGCCGCGAGGACGAACCGCCAGCGCUUCCCGAAGACUCUGGUGUCGACUCCGAAGAGGACUUCCGGAUUCGUACUUCCAUGGAACAAGUUCUGGGCAACUGCAAGGAACCAGAAUUGAAGAAAGACUUGAAAUUCCUCGAAGAUUUGUUACUAUCGGAUAUACAGACUGCUUUGUCCCGUCUUCGAGAGACUUUAGAGAAAAUCGACGUGAAUGCGCUCGCAAAACACGGCGCAGCUUCUGAUCCUACGAGUAAAUUGCAGUUAUUAAGGUUGGUAUCUAGUUUGUUGUCUAGGCUACAGAUGCCUGAGGAGACCACGGUGAAGAUUCCUGUGCUUCCUUCGACGUCUUUGAGCAGGAGACGAAGAGGAACUAGACACACUAUUGGUGUUUCUACGGAAGAAUUGGCGAAGGCUAGAAAGUGGUUAGAAGAGGAAAGAAAUAGUCUCCCUUUGGGAGAGAUUUCGCCUGUUAUAAAGGAACAGAAGGAACAGAAUAUAUCUACAGUUAGUGCGAUUGACAGAAAGCCGGAGGAAGUUCGUGAUAAAUGCACGAAAGACGCGAUAAAUCAAAGACAGUUACUAGAGGAUAAGAAUAAAGAAAUUAGGGACAAUAAUUGUGUGUGUCGUGGGAUCCAACAGGUGGAUGCAGCUGAUACUAAGACUAUUGGAGAGCUAAAUAUGUACCAGGCUCCGUAUAGAGCUAACAAUUAUCAAGAGAAAGAGAAUAACGAGAAUAUUAUUGAAGAUAGCGAUGAAAGAAGUCGCGUAAGCAAAUUGGCGGCUAUUCUUCGGCAACGGGCUGAGUUAGCUUCAAGUAGUGGAAGAUACGGGAAUAGUAACAAAUUUAGUGCAAAAAAGUCGAAGAUCAAACGUGCGAACACUAUUGAUAUUCCUAGUUACUUGAAGCUUCAAGCUGAGACUCUUGGACAUGAAGCUACGGGCUGUUUGUCCUUAAGAAAGCCAAUUAGUGUUGGAGACAAAUCGUUCAAUUCCAGCAACGUUACCGUUCCUACUUUUCAACCUAAGACAGAAAACGAUAGAAAAUUCCUGGCUUUAAUUACUAAAAACAACGAAACACCAUCAGUUGCACCAGUAGUUCCCUUCAAGACGUUUGGACGCACCAUGGAUAUGUCGUCACUGACUAACGAAAACUGGAACAGUAAAUUUUCCAACAUUAAAACAACCUUUGAUAAACCAACGAUGAGUGAAGAGAAGGAUAAUAAACCUUCUUUAAAGUUUCGAGCCAAUAAAAUGUUCCCUGGACCGGCUCAGGCACAAGUUUACUCUAAUUCUACUCCAAAUUAUUCAAACUAUUCUGCGCCAAAUCCUCAGAUGAAGAUGGAGUCAACAGGUUUCAGGCAUGCCCCUUCCUCUCCUUUUCGUAAAAUAGAAAGAUCUUUGCCGGGAUCUCCAUCCAAGGUUCCUCCAUCCUACCAUUGGUCAAAGAACGUUCCAGUACCGACAAAUACACUGAAAGAAAAAGCUAGAAUGAUGUUUGAUAAAGACACAACGCAACAAUCUCCGAAAUUUUCUAGAGCCAAUGUAGAGAAACCUAGUUUUCCUCGACCACCGUGGAUAGAACACGAGAAAAACGAGAACAGAGCCAAUAACACGGUUACAGAGAACGGUAAACUGGAUUAUCGAUCUUUUUGCAAACAGUUCGCGCCAUUCGUUGGAAAAACUUCCAUGGAAACGAAGAAACUCGAAGAACAGCGCCAAAGAGAACUGGCUCAACGAGACAACGUUACUGGAGUGGUGGAUGGCAAGAUUUCUUUCAAAGUAGUUCCAGACAAACGUGUUCAGACUCACGAGUAUCCUCCUAUGGAGCAUCGAGGAUCUAAAGACAUAUUCGAAGCGAUAAAAACUGGAAAAGAUCGUGAGAAUCGAUUUGGUGAGAAUAAUUUUGCAGAUACUACAUUGAAAGGUAGUUCAUCAGUGGCCGUGCAAACUGGAAUAAACGAAGAGCAUCAGAACGAAGGUAGAUCUUUCAGAGUGAUGCCUAAAAUUUCAAAAGGUCAGACCUUGGUUUGUAGUAACGCCGCUGUACAGACUUCUAACAAAUUGGAUAGACCAACGAUAUCAGUAAGUGAUGUAGAAAGUGAAAAACAAUGGAGACCUUUAUUUUGCGAGCAGUCGGACUCUGAUCAAGUGUCUGAAAAUCAUCAGAGAUUUAUUCUGGAUCACAAUCAGAAUUAUCAUACUGUAUCCAGUGGUUCUGAGUAUAAUAAUCCUGUAGUGGUUCCUGGUGUACGUCAGAUUCCUAGUGAGCAAGGUUUCAGAGAAUCCUUGCCUUUUCAAGAAACGCAGAAUUAUGAGAAACAAUUGUCUGCAAAUCCUGUGAAUAGUUACGAGUCUGAAGAUAACCAAAAAUAUUCUUCUGCUUUGGUUCCUUCUGUUUUAUUUAAUGGUAACAAUCCAUCUGACGAAAUAUCAAAUGCAGCAGAAGAAAAAGAGGAUCUUCAGAAGACACCAGAUUGGCCUAUAGAAAGUUCGACUUUCCCGGAUGAUGAAAAUAUUCAAAAUCAAGAUAUCAGCCCAGAUAUUGGAGUGGUUACAAGGUACACGUGUGCUAUUGCAACGGUUGCAUCGUCCGUGGAUAGUCCUGAACCUCGAUCAGAAGAAGUGGCAGUGGAUUCUAGGACGUCUUCGUCACCUUCUCCUUCACAAUUUUCUUGGUCCAGGUCUAGACCACCAACCAACGAGACUAUCGCUUCAGAGGACGAAAUUCGUCGACAUAACUUGCUGCAACAGAGCUUGGUUCGUCGCCUGCAGAAUGAAAUCACUUCUUUGAAUGAUCAACCUCAUCAAUCUUCUAAUUUCGGACAACACCUGACUGUUAGUCAAGCUCAGACUAAAUCCUCGAGUCAAUCUCCUAAUUUAGUUCCUCAACAACAAAGUUGUAAUCAAUCAAACACUGUGUUGAAUCAUCAGCAACAGAGUUUUAAUCAACCGAAUAUUGCAUCCAGUCACCAGCAACAGAGUUUCGAUCAACCAAAUAUUGCACCAAGUCGUCAACAGCAAAGUUACAAGCAACCAAAUAUUCCAUUAAGUCAUCAACAACCUGUAAACAUGAAUCAGAAUGUGCACCAUCCACAAUCGACUUUUAAUCAAAAUAUUCACCAUCAACAAUCGAAUAUAAUUCACCAGGAACAAAGAUACAAUCAACCAGCAAACUUCGAUCGACCGACAGGUUCCCAAGGACCAAGUCGAUUUAAAUAUCUAACACCAGUUCCUCAAAAGAAGCCAGAGCCACCUCGGGCGCGUUCACCAGGACCAGUGACCGUGAACAGGGUGGUUGCUUUACGGGAAGCUUACGAACAGGUGCCAAACCCUCAAUCGAAAUCAAUUCACAAGGAACGUUCUCCAGUUCCAAAUGGAGCGGUACCAAUCGACUCCAGUGACGAAUAUUUGGUAUCUUGUGCGAAUAAAACUUCUAGAUCUAUAGUGCUCUCGAAAUCAGAGUCCUGGCACCAAUUGGCUCUCUCCAAUCGUUAUCCUCGAGCACCUAAAAUAAACACACCAGCAUCGACAUCUUCGUUUCAAAGCUCUCAUCCAAAACCACCCAAACCAAAGUCUCCGUCUUCUCAGAAAUUAAGGUCCAAACAAUUUGAAGCGUCGUCAAUGGCGGACAGCGUCAAGAAGAUGGAAGAUAAGAUCAGACAGUAUUUCGAUCAACCAGGUGAUCAUGUAGAAUCGAAAGAUUCUUUGAAACACAGAAGAUCACCUAGAUUUGCGUCUAAAGGGAUGGUUGGACUGUCUCGUAGUCGUACUAUGCCUGGUUUAUCCGAUGAAAAAUUGUGUCUUUCGAUAACUACCUCUCAACAAAUGCCAUUACUAAACGUGAACACCGCAGAUGUUGACAAAGUGUUCGACGAUCUGUUCGAGGAAGCCACGAGGACGGAUAAUCAGUAAUAAAACUGGUUUGAAUCUCUUCGUUUAUUUAGCGUGACGUGUAUUUGAGGAAUACAGGACGUCAUAUUGGAUCCUCUUCGAUGGGAUCCGCUAUUUCUUGGUGCAGCUGGAUGAUUUGUUUUAUACUAACGAUUCUGGUUGUGGAAAAAAUUCACGAUUUCUAGUCGUCGAUAAUUGUAAUUAUCCUCCUGUCUUAGGAGAAGAUCUCUAGUAUCGUGUCCGAAUCUAAGGUUCGUCUUGGACAAUUAUCGAUCUGCUCGCGACGUUGCAGAGUGUCUUUCAUAAAUUAAGAAAUCAAAGGGAACGAGUAGAAAAAAUGGAUAUAAAACUGUGUGAGGAGGAACAAGUGAUAGAUAACGUUGUAAUAUUUAAUUGGCAGCGUUGCUUGUUGUGAUGCGGAGAAGACAUUAAGUGAAGCUUCGAAGCUACCAAAAGGAAGUUUAAGUGAAGUGACAAAUAAAAAUAAUAGAUCUUCAUGUAGAAACUUAAAAAGGAAACAACAACAACAACAACAAAAAAAGAAAAAUUACUGAAGGCAGUGGAUCUGCGUGGAUAUUAACAGAGGAGAUCAAGCCAACGUCGAAAGCCAUACAUGCAUACAUACGUUAAAGUGAAGUGAGCAUAAAAAAUAAUAAAUAUUCGUAUAGAAAUAAAAUUAAAAAGAGGAGUUAUUGAAACCAGUUGAUCUAUGUGCAUUUCGACAGAGGAGAUCAACUAACGACGAGAAUUAUACAUAACUAAUUAACAACAUUGUUUGUUGUGUAUGACGCGACUUACAGUACAGAGAAGACAUUAAGUGAAGCUUCGAAGCUACCAAAGGAAGUUCAAGUGAAGUGAAAAAUAAAAAUAAUAAAUCUUCAUAUAGAAAC